AUCCUCAGGCCCGGCGGCAGCCCCCGCAGUCGCUGAAGCGGCCGCGCCCGCCGCGGGAGGGAGUAGCCGCUGGGGAGGCUCCAAGUUGGCGGAGCGGCGAGGACCCCUGGACUCCUCUGCGUCCCGCCCCAGGAGUGGCUGUGAGGCUAGGCGAGCCGGGAAAGGGGGCGCCGCCCAGCCCCGAGCCCGGAGCCCCCUGCCCGCCGCGGCACCAUGCGCGCCGAGCCGGCGUGACCGGCUCCGCCCGCAGCCGCCCCGCAGCUAGCGCGGCGCUCUCGCUGGCCACACGGAGCGGCGCCCGGGAGCUAUGAGCCAUGAAGCCGCCUGGCAGCAGCUCCCGGCGGCCGCCCCUAGCGGGCUGCAGCCUUGCCGGCGCUUCCUGCGACCCCCAACGCGGCCCCGCCGGCUCGGUGCCUGCCUGCGCCCCGGCCCGCACGCCGCCCUGCCGCCUGCUCCUCGUCCUUCUCCUGCUGCCUCCGCUCGCCGCCUCGUACCGGCCCCGCGCCUGGGGGGCUGCUGCGCCCAGCGCUCCGCGUUGGAAUGAAACUGCAGAAAAAAAUUUGGGAGUCCUGGCAGAUGAAGACAAUACAUUGCAACAGAAUAGCAGCAGUAAUAUCAGUUACAGCAAUGCAAUGCAGAAAGAAAUCACACUGCCUUCAAGACUCAUAUAUUACAUCAACCAAGACUCGGAAAGCCCUUAUCACGUUCUUGACACAAAGGCAAGACACCAGCAAAAACAUAAUAAGGCUGUCCAUCUGGCCCAGGCAAGCUUCCAGAUUGAAGCCUUCGGCUCCAAAUUCAUUCUUGACCUCUUACUGAACAAUGGUUUGUUGUCUUCUGAUUAUGUGGAGAUUCACUACGAAAAUGGGAAACCACAGUACUCUAAGGGCGGAGAGCACUGUUACUACCAUGGAAGCAUUAGAGGCGUCAAAGACUCCAAGGUGGCUCUGUCAACCUGCAACGGACUUCAUGGCAUGUUUGAAGAUGACACCUUCGUGUAUAUGAUAGAGCCUCUGGAGCUGGUUCAUGAUGAGAAAAGCACAGGUCGACCACAUAUUAUCCAGAAAACCUUGGCGGGACAGUAUUCUAAGCAAAUGAAGAAUCUCACUAUGGAAAGAGGUGACCGGUGGCCCUUUCUAUCUGAAUUACAGUGGUUGAAAAGAAGGAAGAGAGCAGUGAAUCCAUCACGUGGUAUAUUUGAAGAAAUGAAAUAUUUGGAACUUAUGAUUGUUAAUGAUCACAAAACGUAUAAGAAGCAUCGCUCUUCUCAUGCACAUACCAACAACUUUGCAAAGUCUGUGGUCAACCUUGUGGAUUCUAUUUACAAGGAGCAGCUCAACACCAGGGUUGUCCUGGUGGCUGUAGAGACAUGGACUGAGAGGGAUCAGAUUGACAUCACCACCAACCCUGUGCAGAUGCUCCAUGAGUUCUCAAAAUACCGGCAGCGCAUUAGGCAGCAUGCUGAUGCUGUGCACCUCAUCUCGCGGGUGACAUUUCACUAUAAGAGAAGCAGUCUGAGUUACUUUGGAGGUGUCUGUUCUCGCACAAGAGGAGUUGGUGUGAAUGAGUAUGGUCUUCCAAUGGCAGUGGCACAAGUAUUAUCGCAGAGCCUGGCUCAAAACCUUGGAAUCCAAUGGGAACCUUCUAGCAGAAAGCCAAAAUGUGACUGCACAGAAUCCUGGGGUGGCUGCAUCAUGGAGGAAACAGGGGUGUCCCAUUCUCGAAAAUUUUCAAAGUGCAGCGUUUUGGAGUAUAGAGACUUUUUACAGAGAGGGGGUGGAGCCUGCCUUUUCAACAGGCCAACAAAGCUAUUUGAGCCCACGGAAUGUGGAAAUGGAUAUGUGGAAGCUGGGGAGGAGUGUGAUUGUGGUUUUCAUGUGGAAUGCUAUGGGUUGUGCUGUAAGAAAUGUUCCCUCUCCAACGGGGCUCACUGCAGCGAUGGGCCCUGCUGUAACAACACCUCAUGUCUUUUUCAGCCACGAGGGUAUGAAUGCCGGGAUGCUGUGAACGAGUGUGAUAUUACUGAAUAUUGUACUGGAGACUCUGGCCAGUGCCCACCAAAUCUUCAUAAGCAAGACGGAUAUGCAUGCAAUCAAAAUCAGGGCCGCUGCUACAAUGGCGAGUGCAAGACCAGAGACAACCAGUGUCAGUACAUCUGGGGAACAAAGGCUGCAGGGUCUGACAAGUUCUGCUAUGAAAAACUGAAUACAGAAGGCACUGAGAAGGGAAACUGCGGGAAGGAUGGAGACCGGUGGAUUCAGUGCAGCAAACAUGAUGUGUUCUGUGGAUUCUUACUCUGUACCAAUCUUACUCGAGCUCCACGUAUUGGUCAACUUCAGGGUGAGAUCAUUCCAACUUCCUUCUACCAUCAAGGCCGGGUGAUUGACUGCAGUGGUGCUCAUGUAGUUUUAGAUGAUGAUACGGAUGUGGGCUAUGUAGAAGAUGGAACGCCAUGUGGCCCGUCUAUGAUGUGUUUAGAUCGGAAGUGCCUACAAAUUCAAGCCCUAAAUAUGAGCAGCUGUCCACUCGAUUCCAAGGGUAAAGUCUGUUCGGGCCAUGGGGUGUGUAGUAAUGAAGCCACCUGCAUUUGUGAUUUCACCUGGGCAGGGACAGAUUGCAGUAUCCGGGAUCCAGUCAGGAACCUUCACCCCCCGAAGGAUGAAGGACCCAAGGGUCCUAGUGCCACCAAUCUCAUAAUAGGCUCCAUCGCUGGUGCCAUCCUGGUAGCAGCUAUUGUCCUUGGGGGCACAGGCUGGGGAUUUAAAAAUGUCAAGAAGAGAAGGUUUGAUCCUACUCAGCAAGGCCCCAUCUGAAUCAGCUGCGCUGGAUGGACACCACCUUGCACUGUUGGAUUCUGGGUAUGACAUACUCGCAGCAGUGUUGCCGAAACUAUUAAGUUUGCAAACAAAACCUUUGGGUGGUAAUGACUACGGAGCUGGAGUUGGGGUGACAAGGAUGGGGUAAAAGAAAACUGUCUCUUUUGGAAAUAAUCUCAAAGAACCCCUUUCACCACCUGUCAAUAAAGGGGGAGGGGGCAAAAGACCAUGCUAUAAAAAGAACUGUUCCAGAAUCUUUUUUUUCCCUAACGGACGAAGGAACAACACACGCAAAAAUUAAGUGCAAUAAAAGAAUCAUUAAAAAACAUAGUAAAUGAUUUUUUUCCCUCAGCCUGCUGGCACUUAAUAUCUUCUAAAUGAUUUGGCAUGAUUUUUUUUUCUUUACUACCGAUGACAAACUCCAGUGGCAUGAAGAUCUAAUUUUUGAAAGGGUAAAAACUGCAUGGCAUAUAUACAACAAGCUAGCAAGCCAAUUCUCAGCAAAACCUGCAACAGAAUUCCUAAGGUGAAGAUGGCAGAUGAACACACAGAAGCUGCCUGGGCCUCUUCACUUAAACGCGUCCCCACACCCCAUCCUCUCGGAGCCCCACUACUUACCCCCUACCUCCCACCCUCUAUAAUCCCCACUCCCCACUGGAGACCAGACCAGGGCAGAACUCCACGGCCCUUGCUCUUGUUGAUUCACUUUCCCCAUUGUGUUUUCUCCUGGACUGAGCAUCCUUUGGAAAUGGGAGCUGGAAUUUGAACAAUGAUGCUAUUGUAUAGUUCUUUUAUAAAUGUAAAUAUGGAAAUAAGAGAUUUUGACACAUCAUUUCCACUUGUCUGUAUUGAGGUAUUUUCCUUGUAAAGGGUCUCUGUAAACUUGAGUUUAUUUUUUGCUCCCCAUCUUUUUUGUUUCUUGUCUCUCUUUCUCUGUCUCUGUCCUUCUCUUAUAACAUGUUAUACAAUGACUCUUGGGCUUGCUUAAAAAGACAGAUGUAGCCACAGAUGCAGGGAGUUUGGGCACAAAACAAGUGCAGUUUAAAGUUGGUGUGCAUUAAACCAAAAAUAAACAAAAGGAGGGGGGACACAAACAACAAAAUAACCCAUAUCAAAGACACAAAAUUAUGUAAAUGGAAAUAUAUGUACUAAGUCUCAAAAAGUUUUUGAUGUCGUUAUAAACCUAUGUAUAUAAUGUAAGAAAGUAGACACCCUUUCAAAUUAAUCACAGAAGUGCCAAGCUCAUGAUUUUGGUUUUCGGUUUUGACAAUUUUCUUUCCCUGUCUUUAAUGUGAAAGGAGGAUAAACUUAAAGCCUUAAAUAAAUAAAAAAAUUUAAAUGUUAAAAGCUUGGAAAAAA